AUGGCAACGACUGACGUUAUCACAGUUGCUGAACCUCUGACAGCAGUUGCUGUGUCUUCAGCAGAACCUUUUGCCGCAGAAAUUCCUUCCAGCGAGAACCCUGUUGAGCCGCUUCAUCUUAUAGACCGCCCACAAACCCGCACAGCAUUGCGACUGUAUGCCAUCCUAUCGGCGCUAUAUCUCAGUCUCUUCAUCGCUGCUCUCGAUCAAACAAUUAUCGCAAUAGCUAUUCCCACAAUAUGCGCCGAUCUGCAUUCCUCGUCGGGGUACGCAUGGAUUGGCGGCGCCUACCUCGUAGCGAAUGCAGCUUCAGGCCCAAUCUGGGCGAAAUGUAGCGAUAUCUGGGGUCGCAAGCCCAUGCUCCUCAUAGCUGUGGUUGUCUUUGCUGCUGCCAGCAUACUAGCAGCCCUGAGCACCAACAUGCCAAUGCUGAUUGCUGCAAGAGCAUUGCAAGGCACUGCCGGCGGCGGUCUAAUGCAGCUGGUGACCAUCACAAUCUCGGACCUCUUCAGUGUGCGGAAGCGAUCACUGUAUCUGGGAUAUGCGGGGUUCGUAUGGGCUCUGGCUGGAUCUGCUGGGCCGCUAAUUGGGGGCGCUUUUACGCAGUUCAGGACCUGGCGAUGGUGCUUCUGGAUCAACCUCCCAAUCUCCGCGACUGCCUUUAUUAUGCUGCUUCUGUUGGACGUCCACAACCCGCGCACCAGACUCAUCGAAGGCAUGAAGGUCAUUGACUGGUUUGGAACUUUCUCCAUCUUGGCAGUAACUCUCUUGCUUCUUGUUGGACUUGAUUUCGGCGGCGCCAUAUUUCCCUGGAGCAGCCCUAAGGUUAUCUGCUUGGUUGUAUUCGGAAGCCUCAUGAUCGGUUUCUUCCUGUUUAGCGAGCACCGUCUGGCCAAACAUCCCUUAAUGCCGCUUGGCGUGUUCAAAAGCUGGUCGAAUAAUGCAGUUUUCCUUGUUGUGUUUUCGCAUGGCAUGGUGCUCAUAGGCAUCGAAUAUUACAUGCCGCUCUAUUUUCAAGGCGUGCGGCAAACUUCGCCUUUCGGGGCUGGUGUUCUACUAUUACCACUGAUAGUAACACAAGCCGUCAUAGAAACAAUCUCUGGCGUCUUAAUUGAUCGAACGGGACGCUACCGAGAGAUCACUUGGGUCGGCGUAACACUCAUGACUAUAGGGACCGGGCUGUACAUCACUUUUGGGACCGACACAUCGGUUGCAAAAGUGGUCGGGUUGCAAAUCUUUGGCGGUCUGGGGCCUGCGCUUCUUUUCCAAGGGCCCAUCAUCGCAAUCCAGAACACUGUUAGUCAAGCCGAUACUGCGGCAGCCACAGCGUCCUUGGGCUUCAUUCGCAAUCUUGCCAUGGCACUAUCCAUUGUGGUGGGUGGUGUGGUAUUCCAAAACAGUAUGGACAGCCGACAAUCAUCGCUUGCCGCCGCUGGGCUAAGCCAAUCUCUUCUUGAAGCUCUGUCUGGCAGCAUGGCAGCCGCAAAUGUGGGCAUUACGCGAACGAUCCAAGAUGCUGUGCAGCGCCAAGUCGUCCUCGACGCUUUCUCUUUCAGUGUGAGGAAUUUAUUCAUAUUGUAUGCAUGCUUAGCAGCUGUUGGCAUGAUAUCCAGUGCCUUUAUAAAGCAUCGGACUCUGAAGACGGAGCAUACAGAGACAAAGACAGGUAUAAGUUAA